AUGGCAGCAAAAAAACCACGAGCACAGGCGACCACUACCCCAGCGGUACCACCUACCUCGUCUAAAACAUCCCUCCGACGGUAUUUCGGAGAAAAACCGGAGAUGGAGAUCAAAUCCAAGAUGGCGGCGACGGAGAACUCUCCCGCGCACAGUGCACCAUCCAGCCCUGCACCCUCAGAAAACUCAUUAGAGGGCAACAACCUAAAAACCCUACUCUCACAAUUGCCAUCUAAACUAGACUUGGAACUGAUGUUUUCCAAGAUGGAGAGGAGCUUUGGGGACAAACUACAAUCGCUCCACGAAGAG